GCGCGCCUCCCCCGCCCCCAGCCUCCUGGUCCCGGGGGCCCAGCGCGCGGCCCUGCUGACGUCAGCGGGCGGCUAGCGGAGACGGGUGCGCAGAGCCGCCGGCGCAUUCGCGCGCUGCGCUCGCCCCCUCCCCCGCCCGGGCCCCGGCGCGCGCGCGCUCGCUCGCUCGCUCUCCCUUCAUUUUUUUCCCCUCCCUCCCUGCCUGUCUCUCUCUCCCUCUCCCUCGAGCUCCCGGCUGGCCUCGGCUCCCUCACGCUCUCCCUCUCUCCGGUAGGCUCCACCGAGCGAUGCGAGUUCUGAGAGACAGCGACGCCGCCUCCCGCUAGAGACCUGCCCCCCGGCCCGGCCCCCUGCCCAGCCCUGCCCAGCGCGCGGGGGUCGGCGAAGGCGCCGCGGACUCACCGACGGCUGAGGACCGGCGAUGCACAUGCACUAGCAGCACCCCCCAACUCACUCCCUCCACACCCCGCGCCGCCGCCGCCGCCUCCUCCGCCUCCUCCUCCUCCGCCGCCGCCGCCGCCUCCUCCUCCGGCAGCCGCGGCAGAAGGACCCACCCUGCCCCCCACCCCACCCUCCGCCGGCUCCGGCUGUGGCUCCAGCCGCGACUAUUAUUUUAUUUAUUUUGGGUCGUGCACAAGCCUCAGUGCCUGCAGCCCGCGCCGCCUCGGCCCACGGGCGCCUUCUCCCUCAGCUCCGGAGCCUCAGACCCCGGCCGCGCUCGUCUCGACACCCCCAGACUCCCGCCAGCAGCCGCGAGUCUCCGCGGCUGGAAUCUUGUUAGCGGCUGUCUUUUGGGGGGCUUCUAGUUUCCCGACAUUUUUGUUUCCAGCCAAGGAGAGGAUAUCGUGAUUUUUCCCCCUUUGAGCCCAGGCUCUGCUCUCUGGGGGGGGUGGGGGGCGCGCCGAGCCGGGGAGCCGUGCCAGCCGAGUCGUGCGGGCUGUGGCAGGGAAGGGGCCACCAUGGGAUGUACUCUGAGCGCAGAGGAGAGAGCCGCCCUGGAGCGCAGCAAGGCGAUUGAGAAAAACCUCAAAGAGGAUGGCAUCAGCGCCGCCAAAGACGUGAAAUUACUCCUACUGGGGGCUGGAGAAUCAGGAAAAAGCACCAUUGUGAAGCAGAUGAAGAUCAUCCAUGAAGAUGGCUUCUCCGGAGAAGACGUGAAACAGUACAAGCCUGUUGUCUACAGCAACACCAUCCAGUCCCUGGCAGCCAUUGUCCGGGCCAUGGACACUUUGGGCAUCGAAUACGGUGACAAGGAGAGAAAGGCCGACGCCAAGAUGGUGUGUGACGUGGUGAGCCGGAUGGAAGACACCGAGCCCUUCUCUGCAGAGCUGCUUUCCGCCAUGAUGCGGCUCUGGGGUGACUCAGGAAUCCAAGAGUGCUUCAACCGGUCUCGGGAGUAUCAGCUCAAUGAUUCUGCCAAAUACUACCUGGACAGCCUGGAUCGGAUUGGGGCCGCCGACUACCAGCCCACCGAGCAGGACAUCCUCCGAACCAGGGUCAAAACCACGGGCAUCGUAGAAACCCACUUCACAUUCAAGAACCUCCACUUCAGGCUGUUCGAUGUUGGGGGCCAGCGAUCUGAACGCAAGAAGUGGAUCCACUGCUUCGAGGACGUCACGGCCAUCAUUUUCUGUGUCGCGCUCAGCGGCUAUGACCAGGUGCUCCACGAAGAUGAAACCACGAACCGCAUGCACGAAUCCCUGAAGCUCUUCGACAGCAUCUGCAACAACAAAUGGUUCACGGACACGUCCAUCAUCCUGUUUCUUAACAAGAAGGACAUAUUUGAGGAGAAGAUCAAGAAGUCCCCGCUGACCAUCUGCUUUCCUGAGUACACAGGCCCCAGCGCCUUCACGGAAGCCGUGGCUUACAUCCAGGCCCAGUACGAGAGCAAGAACAAGUCGGCCCACAAGGAGAUCUACACCCAUGUCACCUGCGCCACGGACACCAACAACAUCCAGUUUGUCUUUGACGCCGUGACGGACGUCAUCAUCGCCAAAAACCUGCGGGGCUGUGGCCUCUACUGAGAGCCCCGGCCGCCCUGCCUUCCACCCACCACCCUGCCCAGCCUGCCUCCCCUGCCCUGGAACCAGAGCUCCGCCACCCUCCGACCACUCUUUGCACUUGAGGAAGAAGACCCAGAGCUGGCACCAAGGGGCAGGAGCGAGUGUCCUCCACCUGCCCCCUGCCCCACUCCUGCGACAUCAGAACACGUGGUAACGCGGGGGCAGGGCUGGGGGGCUGAGCACAGCCCGCAAGGCCAGGAGACUCGGCCUCUGGGCCUCUGCGUCGUCACCGUGUUUCAUAUAGAGGCUGGGGGAGGGGCAAGGCCGCCGCUUGGCCCAGAAUGGGCACAGCCUGCACUUGAUAACUCUCUUAAGUCCUGGAGUGUCCUCCUGUCAUCUGGGGUGGUCAGGUGGCGGGAAAGCCUCGUGGCAGGCUGCUGGCAGGUCGGAGGCAGUAGGGGCCAUCCCCCAGCUUUGCCUGGGGUCUCUGGUUGUAGGGGGAGUGGGGGGCAGCUCCAUCAACAAAAGCUGGGUGGGGGCUGGCGGGACCAAGCAAACGUCCUGUGCGUCUGAGGGUCAGGCCUCAGCGAGUGCAUUCCUCCUCCCUCCCCUUGGGUCUCAGCCCUUCCUUCUCUGUGUCCCUCUUCCUUGGCCAUUGCCCUCCCAGAGAACCUGGCCGUGACUCCUCCUAGGCCUGGAGGUGCUUCUGGAACCGCCUUAUCCCAAAGGCAGGUGGCAGGAUGGCAGGAGGGGCAGAGUCCGUGGCUGGGACAGAGGUUCGGGAGAGGAGGGACUGUGGGGGAGGGAGUGGGAGCAGCUCCGUGUUGACUGGCCUGGGGCCUCCACCCAGGCCUUGCAGGCCCAAAGGUGACCCGUGUACUUUCUCCAGUUGCCCCGGGCUCAGGUGGCCAGUCCAAGGUGUGAGUAGACGUGCUUUUCUUUCUCUGAUUCACAGGCAAUUCAACUGAAGCCAGCAGGGGCAGGCAGAGGCCUUUGGGCUGGGGGUUCUGUGGUUGGGGAGGUGUGGGGUGGGGGCUGCAAACCAGGCCCCUGUGGCCAGUGCCCUGCUGCGCUCCAUCUGGUGAGGAGAUCAGGGAGUUUGUCCACAGCCUUUGGUGUCCUCCCAGCCCCUGGGGGCAGAGGGGACAGGUAGUCAGGACCAACACCCUAGAGUGUGAGCUGCGAAGGGCCUGGCCAGACUCAAACAUGCUCCUCUGCCCCCCACUUUAGGGGGAGAGUCUUAGGACCCUUAGGGGGCUUCAUUGCGGAGACCCCUGAGCAGAAAGGGGUGGGGUGUGUUCUGUGACCCUGGUCCAGGCUGGCCUUGGGUAAUCGCCAUACCCCUCUCACUGCUAGGUGCCCAGGCAGGCCUGUGUGCUUGGGCAGGCUGUGUCUGGGGACCCAGGCCGCCCCUUGAGAGGCCUCUGCCUCCCUCCUCACCCCUCUGUUCCCCCGGCCACCAUUGUGGCCACUGCUCAGUCCCUGGCCAAGCAGGACCCCUGGGCUCGCAUGUGCAGCCCCCUGGACUGGCCCAUAGCCAGGAAGAGCCCUGUGCCAACAGCUCAGGGCUUAUUGGUCCCAACAGGUACAGAGCUCUGGGUGGUGCACGGGAGAUCCAGGGGACCCUCCCUGGUGCCAAAUGCCUGUAGGGACAGUGCUUGCAGGGGCCCCUCCCCGGUCUGGCUGUCCUGCUGCUGCCUGUAGCAGCCGGGCCGCAGGAGCUGCCCUGUCAGCCCAUGUCCACUUUUGUUUCUCACCUGUGGUGUUUUGGACCUUGUACCAGGUGCUGGGGCGUGGCAGAAGUCCCAGUGUCCUGCCAUGGCCAGCUAAGCCAUCUGCCCACAUUGACGACAGUAGUUACUUCCCAGCAGCAGUGCCCUGGCUGGGGCAGGUGCGCCCCUAACGCUGCUCCUGACUGGGACCCCAGACUCAGAGCAGCUGGCAAGAGGCGAAGCCCCACCUCUAAGGCCGUCACCACGCCAGUGGGAGGUACUGGCCCUCCAGCCCCGGGGCUCUCCAUCUUCCUGAGCCGGCACAGUGGCCAGAGCCCCGGGCUGGGCUCAGUACCCCAGACCCAUCUGUAGAACCGGGCAGGGGGAGCAGGUGCUCGGGCCUUCCUAGCCCUCGUCCCCAGGCUGCCUCUCUCCCUGAGAUGUGCGUUACUCUCUGCCUUCCGCCUCCCACCAGCCUGCCGGGGGUCCUUGGCCCUCAAGGGUAUCGAGGGACAAACUGUGUCUGUGCGCGUCUCCUGUCCAUGUCGUCACCAGCGGCUCCACCAGGGGAGGGAUGACUGAGGGUGACAGGAGGGCUUUGGCUCCGUCGUGGCUAUGGAUGUGAGGACGUGUAAGUGAGCAGACGUGGGGUGGUUUCUUAUCCACUGUGGCCCAUGUGUGCUGCCACAGGGCCAUGGUCAGCUCUUGAAGUGGCUCAUCUAGCAGGCCAAGGGGAAACUGGUUUCUAGGAAGGGCGCCUGUGCCGAACUUGGAUGCCUGUGGGCGCGUUCUGUGCUCUGCACCGACGGCCAUUGUAGGAGCCAGGUCUUGGCCUUCCCCCUGAGCACUGACAGAGGUCCCCAAGGCUCUCUGGCCUGACUGGAGCGGUGAGGGGUGCCCCAGGCCCAAGGAGGAGCUCAGCUGGACUCUGGCCUGAGGAGGGCGUGGGGUCUGCCCAGCCCUGAGCAGAGAACACAGCCUGGACCCCACCAACAGCUUUGGCAUUCUGGGUUCCAUGCAGACCCUAGGUUCCUGGUGCCCUGUCCCUUCCUCUUCCCUCUGGGCCCAACAGAGCCUUGGGGACUGUGGCUGUGCACUCCCACCAUGGGGUAGUGGGCAGCACCCAGGCAGGAGCCCACCACCAUACCUGGUGCCAGAAGCUGCCUCUGCUCCUGGCCACUCCCCAGCCCAGCUCCGCACCCCACUGGUGGGAACUGGAGGCCCCUGCCCUCCAUGUACUGUACUGGGCUUCACUGAGUGUCCCGGGACAGGAGCAGCCCCAAGUCCCCCCCCUCUCAGCCCCAUAAACAGGCUGUCUUCUCUGCAAGCCAGUUUCACCCAAGCCCUUCCCUUGGCCAGCGCGGGUCCUGCGGGGGAGAUCAGCCCCGGCUCCCACCCAGCGCCUCCCAGUUAGUACCAGGGACUGACUCUGGAAGUCCUUGCUUAUCUCUAGCCCGCACAUGGCCCGAGCACCCCCUUUCUUUCUUGUUCUGACCUAGCGCCACUUCAACACUCUUGCAAGUAAAUCCUCCACAGUCCCGGAUGGUUCUUAAUGAACCCUCAGUCCCUUUCCUCGAGACCACAUAGUGCCUGCCUGUCCCCUUUUUGAGAAGUCUGGGGCACGAGGCCCUUCUGCUGCCUGGGCUCUUCUCUGAGUCUCUGAAAGCCUUCAGGUGGUCCAGGCUCUGGACCCAAGGCUCUGGCGUCGUGGCCACUAGAGGUCCAGUCUGGGGUGCCGAAAGCAGUCACCCCUCCAGCCAGUUCCCCCGUCGGGCUACAAGCCGACAGAGUGAGGGGUCCCAGCAGCCCAGGGGACAGGGCCAAGGCGUGCGCUGCUGUGACGGGGUCUGUAGUAGGGCUCCCAUUCCCCUCCUCCUCCGGAAGGAGAGCCCUGGUCCCACCUGCCCAGAGAGUGGGCUGGAGCCUCCAGACAGACCCCGCUCCAGCCAGGUGAAGGCCCCUGUCAAGGAAGGGGCAGGACGGACCCCUCAUUGAGAGGGGCUCCCUCUGGAAGGGAAACUGCCAUCCCAGGCCCAGUGCACCAAGACGACCAGCGUAAACCCACAGCCCCUCCCGGCAGAGCCCGCGGCUCCGCCCCUCCCCACCACAGGCCCGUGUCCACCCUCCCAGCUCCCAGCAGCCAGGCCCUGCACCCCCUGGUCCUCUCUUCCCCUGCUGGCUUGGCCCCUGCCCCACUGCCACCCUCUGCCCCCCACGCCCUCCUUAGCAAAACCUUCUCUCUUAGGUGCAGUGGUCCCCCCUCCACCCACCGCUGCCACCCACCCCAUAUUAACUGUCAUUUUGUAAGAAAAGUGACUUGUUGGUUUAAUAAAUCUCUAGUUAUUGUAAUAAUUUAUUGGCUGCCGUAAUGUAUUUAUUAGUCACCUACCGUUAAUAAAAAGUGCCAGCUU